AUGGCCCAGAGCAAUGAAAUGGGCGAAUCGAACACCUUCAUCGGGAAACACAUGGACUGUGGAUCAGGAAGAUGUAUGAGUAUUCAGGCGAUGCAAGCUCUUUUUGAAUUAAAAGAAAACAACCAACUCUGCGACGCAACUAUUGUUUUAGAUGAUGGAGCCGAAAUUCCUGUGCACAGAGCAAUUCUCUGCGCUUGUAGCUCUUAUUUCAGGGCGUUAUUCACUACAACGCUACAUAAUAGAGAGAAACACAGAGUUCAUUUACCAGGAGUAACAUCGGAAAUGCUCCAAAAACUUUUGGUGUACAUAUAUCUGAGAAAACUGGAUAUAAACCAUGACAACGUAUAUUCAUUAUUGAUCACCGCAGAUUAUUUGAGUAUAUUGGGUGUAUUGGAACUUUGUUGUAAAUUCCUGAAGGAGAAUUUGACUCCUAAAAAUUGUAUUGGUAUUCUGAACUUUGCAAGAAACCAUUUUUGUAGAGAUUUAGCUAAUGACACAUGGAAGUACAUCAUGAGAAAUUUCACUCAGAUAGGAAAUGAAAGUAAUGAAAUCCUAGCUCUAUCUUUUCCUGAAAUCCAAGAAAUUAUCACUGCAGAUGAUUUGAACGUGAAAAGUGAAGAAACGGUGUGGGAAUUGAUAUUGAGAUGGAUUGAUCAAGAUACAGAAGUGAGAAAAAAACAUAUUGUGUCUUUGAUGAAAUGUAUACGAUUGGGGCUAUUAGAUACGCAAUUUUUUCUCGAACGAGUGAAAGAACAUCCUUAUGUGUCCAGUUCAGAAGAAAGCAGACCCAUGAUUAUAGAAACCCUCAAAUUCCUUUAUGAUUUGGAAAUGAUAACGCACAGAGAUGGUGAAGUGAUAACUCCCGAAAUAGCACGUCCAAGAGUGCCGCAUGAAAUUCUAUUUGCCAUUGGAGGUUGGAGCGGAGGUUCUCCUACUAAUUUCAUUGAAACCUAUGAUACAAGAGCCGAUCGCUGGGUGAAAGUUGAAGAGGUUGAUCCAACUGGACCAAGAGCUUAUCAUGGAACAGCUGUUGUAGGUUUCAAAAUAUACGUUAUCGGAGGAUUUGAUGGUAUGGAGUAUUUUAAUUCUUGUCGAUGUUUUGACGCGGUGACUAAAUCAUGGAAAGAAAUUGCCCCGAUGCAUGCCAGACGAUGUUAUGUUAGCACUGCUGUAUUGGGAGAUUUAAUUUAUGCCAUGGGAGGGUAUGAUGGACAUCAUAGACAAAAUACUGCAGAGAAAUAUGACCAUGAAACCAAUCAAUGGUCUCUGAUAGCUCCUAUGAAUAUGCAAAGAUCAGAUGCUAGUGCAUGUGAUUUGAAUGGUAAAAUUUAUAUCACUGGUGGAUUUAACGGUCAAGAAUGCAUGCAUUCUGUAGAAGUAUAUGAUCCAGAGCUCAACCAAUGGUCUUUAAUAAGUCCCAUGAGGUCCAGGAGAUCAGGCGUGUCCUGUAUAGCUUACCAUAGUCAAGUGUACGUGAUAGGUGGAUUCAAUGGCAUCUCAAGAAUGUGUAGUGGAGAAAAAUUCAAUCCACAAACAAACAGUUGGUCACCAAUACCCGAUAUGUAUAAUCCGAGAAGUAAUUUCGCCAUCGAGAUUGUUGAUGAUAUGAUAUUCGCAAUUGGCGGAUUCAAUGGUGUAACUACAAUAUACCAUGUAGAAUGCUAUGAUGAGAAAACUAACGAAUGGUACGAAGCUACUGAUAUGAAUAUCUAUAGAUCAGCUUUGUCAGCUUGCGUUAUUGACGGCCUACCAAAUGUUCAGGAUUAUAUACAUAAGCAUAGGGACCGUUUAAUGGAGGAAAAACGUCAGAAAAUGAUAGCUUUGGAAAAUCACAGAAAUAUGAAUGGAAUACAAAACUUCAAUAAUAAUAAUAAUAAUAACCCUCAGGACAAUAUAGCAGCGGCUGUUAAUGCGAAUAUGCAACAGCUUAAUAUUUUGCAACAACUUAAUGCAAACUUGAAUCCAGCUCUGCCUCCAGCUCCUGUACCAAAUCCUAUUCCAAUGGAUGCAGAUGAUCGCGAUGCAGAAGAACAAUAA